AUGAUGCUGUCGCCUCUCCUCGCCUCUCCUUUGCUUCCUCUCCUCCUCCUGGGCCCCGUCUUUCCCUCCGCUUCAUUCGCUCAGUUCAUCCCCCACGCCAACGCUGCAGAGCGAAACCUCACAGUCGUCCGCUCCCCAGGAAACAGCAACGUUACCGUCUCGUACAAGGUCCCCGAAGGCGCUUGCACCACCGCUUUCGACUCCCAGCGCCAGUACACCGGCUGGGUCUCUAUUCCCGGCGACUACCCGACUAAUCUCUUCUUUUGGUUUGUUGAGGCCCGCGAAGAAACCCAGAGUCUCACCCUCUGGCUCAAUGGCGGGCCAGGUUCCAGCUCCAUGUAUGGCUUCUUCACUGGCAAUGGGCCCUGUGAGGUUGUUGAGGAAGGCCUCAAUCGCUAUAACACAGUGGCUCGUGAAUGGGGAUGGGAUCGUGCCUCUAAUAUGCUCUUCAUCGACCAGCCUAACCAAGUAGGCUUCUCGUACGAUGCUCCCACCAAGGGGACUCUAAACUUUGCCGAUGACAAGCUCGAGGAGCCGCCCAUACGCAACACCGAAUAUCCGGACUGGGCCAUGGCCAACGGCACCUUCAGCUCUGGCAACGGCACCCACACCUCCAAUACGACUGAGCUGGCUGCGGAGGCUGUCUGGCACAUGGUACAAGGGUUUUUGACAACCUUUCCCCAGUACCAGCCGUCAGAAACGGGUGUCAACAGCUCUCUCGGCGUCAAUCUCUUUGCUGAGAGCUACGGUGGUCGUUAUGGGCCCAUCUUUGCUGAGACCUUUGAGGAGCAGAACCUCAAACGAGAGACAGGCGAGCUUCCCCUCAACACCACCAUCGAAAUCCACCUCAAAUCCCUCGGCAUUGUCAACGGCUGCAUCGAUAUGGAGGUCCAGACCCCAUACUAUCCCAUGUUUGCAAGCGACAACACGUACGGCUAUGAGGCCAUUUCAAAAGAAGAGGCCUCGUUCUAUGUUGACAAGUAUGCGUCCGAGGGUGGCUGCAAGGCCCUCCUCCAGCAGUGCACUGCGGCAAUCGCCUUCGGUGAUCCGGAGGGCGAUGGCAACAAUGUCAGUGUCAACGACAUAUGCUCCCAGGCUCGGGCAGCUUGUCUUGAUAUCGAAUACGGUUACUUCCAGUCAGGCCGCAGCGCCUACGACCUCGCCGCCCCAGAGGCCGAUCCCUUUCCGGCAAUGACGUUCUUAGAGUACCUCAACCAGGCUGAUGUCCAGAAGGCCAUCGGUGCUCCGGUCAACUAUACCAUGUCUAACAACGCCGUAUUUUACGAGUUCGCAGACACUGGUGAUCAGGCCCGUGACGGAAACAUCCCUCGCCUUGCUGCCCUCGUCAACAAAGGAAUCCAUGUUGGCCUCAUGUACGGCGACCGCGACUACAUCUGCAACUGGCUGGGUGGUGAGGCUGUGUCCAAGCAAAUCGCUGUGGAGGCUGGCGGUGAAUAUGCCACCCGCUUCUCAGCAGCUGGCUACGCGCCCAUCAUUGUUAACGAUUCGUAUAUUGGCGGCGCUGUCCGCCAGUUCGGCAACCUCUCCUUCAGCCGCAUCUACCAAGCCGGCCAUGCCGUUCCCGCUUACCAGCCCGAAACGGCCUUCCAAGUGUUUGCGCGCAUCAUCAUGGGAACCUCAAUCUCCACAGGCGAGGACAUCGACGUCAGCAUCUACAACACCACAGGCUCCGCCAACGCCACCCAGACCGGCAAACUGCCUGACCAGCUCGCGCCGACGUGCUAUGUGCGUGCCGUGGCUGGCAGCUGCAACAAGGCUGCGCAAUCGCUGUUACGGGGCGCGGACGGUGAAAACAAAGGCGCCGUCAUCAACGGCGUCCUGUACAACUCGCCUGAGGAUUGGCCGUUCGCCACCGAGGCGCCCCGAACUACUACUUCGGCGCGGCAGACCGUCACGGAGACCCUUACGGGCGUUUUCACGGCGACAUCGACACCCGAGGCCGAUUCUGGUUCCGCGGGUGUGUCCCUGACAUGCCCCAGUCGCCUGGUCUUAGGUUUUGCUAGUGUCCUUGCCCUUUACGCCUUGGUCGUGUAG